CCUCGAGCCAGUUUGCGAGUCUCACCAGAACCGGACAAUCCGACGACCCGCCCUAGCCGAAGCCACCCUCGACUCGGGAGUAGCAGCGUAGCAGACCAAGAACCCCAAUCAACCCCCAAGCCGCGGCAGACUCGCUCCCCCUCAAGACCAAAGACAAGAAGAAGAAGACGAAGAAGAUGGCAGACAAACCUCAACCAAGUGGCGCUGGUGCUGGAGCUGGUGGCGAGCGUGGUGGGUUCGGACGAGGACGAGGGGCUGGUGGCCGUGGUGGUCGCGGUCGAGGCGGCGCCCGUCGUGGUGGUAAGAGAGAUGAAGAGAAGGAAUGGGUCCCGGUCACUAAACUUGGUCGACUGGUCAAGGACGGCAAGAUCAAAUCGAUCGAAGAAAUUUACCUCUUCUCUCUUCCGGUCAAGGAGUACCAAAUCAUCGACCUUCUCUUGCCCAACCUUAAGGAUGAGGUGAUGAAGAUCAUGCCGGUGCAGAAGCAAACCCGAGCCGGUCAACGGACCCGAUUCAAAGCAUUUGUGGCGAUUGGGGACUCGGAUGGUCACUUAGGACUCGGUGUGAAGUGCGCCAAGGAAGUAGCGACGGCGAUCCGAGGGGCGAUCAUCAUUGCCAAGCUCUCGAUCAUCCCGGUCCGACGAGGAUACUGGGGUGCCAAGCUCGGGGAACCCCACACGGUGCCCUGCAAGGUCCAAGGAAAGACUGCCUCCGUCUACGUCAAACUCGUCCCUGCUCCCAGAGGUACCGGCAUCGUCGCCGCCCCCGCCAGCAAACGGCUCCUCCAACUCGCCGGUGUCCAGGAUGUCUACACUCAAUCGCGUGGAAACACUUCCACUAUGGGUAACUUCUUGAAAGCCACCUAUGCCGCCAUUACCGCUACCUACGGUAUGCUCACUCCAGACAUGUGGCAACAAAUUCCUCCUCCACCCCAACCUUACGAGGAAUUCUCAACCCACUUACAACUGACUGCUUCUAAGACCACUUAUUAGUCUAGUUUCCUGCCUCCCUUCAUGUGAACUCAAAAGACCAAAACUUUCAGUGGUUUUCAUCGAUCUUUUAUGCUCUAUGUCAUGCACACUGAAAUGAAUUACUCGAUUGUCUCUCUUUCUCAUGUUAUUAAUGAGGGUUGAGUCUAAGCGAUUUGCGAAACCCGCUUCGUGUCUACUUGACUCAUACGGCAUGUUGCCUCCUUGAGAUUGUAUCCCAUUGUAUUGCCUCGACUGAUCUGUCAUGGUCAGCUCAUUUAUGGCACAGAUUCCAUCUAAAUGACCAAUUCGUCUUUCUGAGUACAUAUCUCUGGGAGCGAUUAGUGAAUGUCCGUCAUGGGUAGGCUUCGUUGUACUUUAGAGAGA